CCGAACUAUCUCUAAUGUGGUAAAGGUGACCAUGUUAUGUUGAUAACUGUAAUUAAAAAGUUGUAAGGAUUUUUCAAAUUCUGAUAAGGUGACACCUGGACAAUCUUAUAAAAGGCAAAGUUCUGUUGAUAAUUGCACAUUUCGUUGAUAGACCAAUAAUCAUCACGAUGAUUCACUGUAUUCAAUUGUUUGUUUUGUUUUUCGUGUUUUAUGCGGCAAAGGGCAACGAUUAUUGUUCGUUGAGAUGCGGCAAUGAUGAACAUACUGUUUGUCGUAGAAGAAAUGUGGGUUGUGGUCCCGGCCCACAAUGUAGCUCAAACUUCCGACCGAUACAACUCAGUGAUGACGACAGAAGAUAUAUUUUACAUCUUCACAACAGUCUUAGGAAUAAGGUCGCCACUGGACAAGAAAGACGAGGAAAUCAACCUCCAGCUUCAAAUAUGAAGGCUUUGAGUUACAACAGAGAACUAGAGAACAUCGCACAAUGUUUGACGAACACAUGUAACUUCGGCCACGAUAAAUGCAGACGAACUGCCCAAUGGUCAUGGGUAGGACAAAAUUUAGGCAUAAGAUGGACCAAAGGAUAUCUCGAAAACGUUAGAUCGGUUAUCAAAGAUGUAAUUAAUUCCUGGUAUAAUGAAGUAAAGGACUUCAGGUCAUCAGGGGUUUCGCGAUAUGGAUUUAACUCCCAAGUGGGCCACUACACUCAACAAGUAUGGGCCAAUACAGAUCACAUCGGGUGUGCAAUCACCUUCUUCGUAAAUUCCGAAGGUUGGAACACCCAUCUCAUGGCCUGCAAUUACGGACCAGGGGGUAACUGGCAAGGGGAGCCGAUUUAUAGACAAGGUGUACCAGCAUCGAACUGCGGAGGACUACCUGUCAAUAGGAGAUAUAGUGGUCUCUGUGGAAAUGAUUACCUUUGAACACAAAAUGUAGUGUGUGUUUUUAUUUAUGUAAAAAUGUAGUGUGUGUGUUAAUGUAACAAGAAACGUAUAUCGUUAAUGUCGAUACUUUAUACUUUUAUAAUUUAAAGACCUAUUAAAAUGUUAAAAAAACAGA